CCGUCGAUUGCUCAGCCAGAAUCGUCACUCUUUUCACCCUUUCUUUGGUAACGGGAUGUGUCAUUGACGUGCUAACCAGACAAUCCUUCACAAUGACCCCAGCUAUGUCACGUCUACUUAUCUUAUGCUUUUUGACGUUUGCUAGCGCACAGAACUCGCCGCCAUCCCCUGGCCCAGCCGGUCCGGAUCCAGUCGAGCAUUUCUGCUCUAGGUGGUGGUCACAAUCCACCAUAAAAAACGACACACUAUACAUUGACAGUGGUGUCCAAAAAUUCGACGACGAAAGCUCCUACAUGGGCAUCAAUGAUCAUAUUAUGACAAUACCGCUGGCAAAUGGCUGGGAUUGGAAGAAAUCUGAAGGAGACCCCCAAUUUUUGGACAUUUCCAGGGAACCUAAGAACUUGACCAACCCCAAGUCUGGAACAAAUAUACCAAGCUUAUUCAGAGGAUACAUGUUUUCUGGCCCGCAAAACACAUCUAAGGUUUUCCCCUUUGGGGGAACAAAUUACUUGCUCAACGAGACAUUCGUUGCCAGGACUAUUCCCAACAGUUCGAGAAAUGCACUGUGGUCCUACUCUCCUGGCUCAGGCUCGUCGGACACGAAAUGGGAUCAGUACGACGUUGAUCAGAUUUGGAUGCCGAAUCACGGCGCUGGUGCGGACGCUCCCGAUCUAGGUCUUGGGUUUUAUCUCAACGGACAGAUUGACAAGGGCACUGAUGCCAGGACGGACUCGCAAUUCAACGACACCAGUCAGAGUUUCUACAAACCCGUACAUGGUAUGUUGGUGCUUGAUCUCGUCCAUACGUCCUCCGCUGCAAAAAAUCUGUCUACUUCAACGAUGAAGAAAAGUUUGUCAAGAGUAGGUGGAUCGCUGGACUACAUACCUUCUGUCGGUGAUAGUGGUAUCUUGGUGGCUCUGGGUGGCCAGAUACAGCCGGCGCUUGAUCAAGAUGGAAAAGCUUCGAGCCAUGGAGGGCAACUUAUCGACUUCCAGACCGUAGACGUCUUUGACAUUGACUCUUAUAUCAAGAAUCCCGACUCGAAUGGAACGUGGUUUCAGCAGAACACGACGGGCGAUAUACCAUCCCCACGUAUUGACUUCUGCACAGUGACUGUAUCAGCGGCCGACAACUCCAGCCAUCACAUCUACGUGUACAGUGGAUGGGAUCCAACUCAGAAUAACCCAAAAUACUACGACGACAUUGUGGUCCUCUCACUCCCAUCCUUCCGCUGGAAGAUUGUUUGGCCAGAAAACAACAGUCCACGGUGGGGCCAUAACUGCCAUUAUUUCAAAAGCCAGAUUAUCACGGUAGGGGGAAACAACACCAAUACGAAUAAUAACUGCGACUGGGAGAAGAAAGGCGUCGGCGUGUUUCAUAUGAUCAAAGAGAACUGGAGCAGUAGUCUCGUGACCACAGAUCCCGACUUCAAAGUUUCACCCAAGCUUCUCUCAUCAACAAACGGAACAGCUGAUGGCAAAGCAAAAAGCGGCCAGCCUGAAGCAGGAUGGUCUAGCAAAACACUACACGGGAUUUUCUGGAAAUCCAGAUGGACUGUCCCAACGACCUGGGAUUCUAAGCCUCCAGUACCCGACGAAUCUCCUGUCCUACCUACUGCUCCCCCACCAGCCAGCUCCCCAGACCCCCCAAACCUCCCAAAUUCCCCAGACCCACUCGAGAAAUCAAAAUCACCUAGCACGGCUGCACUAGCCGGUGGGAUAAGCGCAGGCGUAGUCAGCGUCGGUCUACUCGCCGCAGCUCUCAUAUACUGGCACCACCGCCGCCACAGCAUUCCAGCCGAACUCCACAACAACCACAAGAAACUCGCAGAGAAAGCCGAGCGGCGGAAGCCAGCCAAACAGAGAAAACUAACCAAUCUCGAAUUACAAGGGAACCGUGAAAACAACCCCAUGGAGCUCGAUGCCCGGAUCUUCUUCGAAGCGGAUAAUAGUACCGCGGCUCGUGGAGCGGAGCUUUCGGGCACUACAUUGGCGCCCGGUGCUACGCCUGGCAGACCGAUUGUGAGGUUUCCCGGUGAUGAUCUACCUGUUGUUCCUGAGAACUCGGGGGGGUUGAGACGAGGGGGGUCUAGGGGGCUGAGAAGCUCUAGGCGUGGGGAGAGUAGGUCGCAGAGAUCUUCUGGUGUGUAG